CUUAUCGAUACAUCUGGCACAAAAGGCGUGCAGAGUUGUUCUCCAAAUUUCCUGUCGCGAAUUUUAUUCAUUUAUAAUUAAUUGCAAGCCAUGGCCGAACUGGACGAUUUCUUCGCGAAAAAGGACAAGAAGAAGUCCAAGAACAAGACUAAGUUCGUGACCGCCGACGAUAUGGUCAAGAACCUGGAGGACGGUACCAAGCGCGAGGUGGUCAAGCCCAAAAAACCCGAGGCAGCCGCUGGCGGCGUGGCAGUAGUAGGCGAAAACGAGAAUAGCGGCACCAAGGUGCCAGAGUCCGCCCCGCCCGUCGAGGAGGAAUGGAAGGAGUUCGAGGAGGAGCAGCGGAAGGACUACAGUGGUUUAAAGAUCGGCCAGCUGAGCACCAUCUCUUCGGCCCGUUCCAGAACUGCCCAGGAAAGUUCCGAGUCGCAAGCUGCUCGAGUGCCCUCUGCCCCGGACGGCGGGAACUACAACGAGGACGAUGAGGACAGCAAUGGGUAUGACAACGCGGAGGUGAACAAGGAGCGCGUCGGCCACGGACCCUGGAAGAAAGUUGUCCCAGCCGAGGAGGUAAUGCAAAUUCCGGUGCCCGUGGAGGUGGAAAAGCCCUCGUCCAAGACCUACGUUUCACCCGCGCUACGAUACAGCCAGCAGGCCGGAAGCGGACUGGGAGGCGGCCCUACUGGGGGGGCAUUGCGUCCACGACGCGCCGCCCCCGACAUCACCAAUACCGAGUUUUUCCCAACACUCAGUGCGGCGCGUCCGGAGGAACAGCGCAAGAAGAAAAACGAACCCGCCUUCGAAGAAGUCCGUCACGGAAGCCGUUUCCAGCGCGUUCAGGAGUCCACGGCUGCCCCGGUGGCGGCAUCCAACCGAUUCCAGUCGCUCGACGACGAAGCAAGCUAGGUCAGUCCACGCCAACGGUGCUACUGCUGGCCACGGGAACCGCUAUCUACCACAGUGUCCGCUGCCGAGCUCAAGUCAUCCCAGGGUUCUACGC